UAAAAAUCCCGUUUGACCUACUAAAUUCAUGAACUUUAUGACAUGGAAUUACAUGAGCACAAAUUUGUAAGUCAAAGUUUCUUAAAAAAUUCAUUUAGCAGACGUUUAGAAAUCUUUUUUAAUGAUAAAUGAAUCUUGGUUAAUUAUAAAAUAAAGAAUUUCUCAACCCUGAUAAAAAAAAUAAAAAUUGGAAACGAAAGAUAAGAAAGAAGGCAUUUCUGAUUAGCUUACUUCCAGCUAUUAAACUAAGUCUCAAGUCUUCGUACAUACCUGACCCGGAAAAAAGGGUCAAAAUUAAGCCUGGGGCCCAGGCGGGCUUCAUAUGAAGCAAAUGGCUUCCAUCCGAGAAACAUCAUCCCUGGAGUUUUCACUUGUACAGGGAAGAACUCAUUUGUCAACGAGAAAAAGAGAAACAGCCUGCUGUGCCCCAGUUUUUUGUGCUUUAAUUUUCUGUGUGUUGUGGUUCUCUGAAAUUGGAUGAGAAAAUAUAUAUCAAAUAAAGGAUGGUAGGUAAGUAUGACAACAUACCAUGUGGGGCGAGCAUUUGCCUUGACAUUUAGCAGUAUUCAAACAGAAGCCACCAACUCACGGAUCAGUAAGAUUGUUUCAUGCAAAGACUAUGAUGGAAAUGGAAAAAGGAAUUCUAUAUUUCAAAUAGGUAAGAGUAGUAUACAAAAGGAUUUGCGCCUACUCUAAGCAAAAUCCAAAACAAGAGAUGCAGUGAAUAUGUCUGCGAUCACUGAUCAGUCUUCGCCGGGGACGCUGCACCGGCACAGCGGACAGGAGUUGCGGAGGGAGAGCCAUGAAGCUAUACAACCGGCAUGGUAGAAAUGGCCACAGGGAAGUUGCUUACCACCCUCACCUGAUUGAAAGCCUUCCCUGCAGACCGUGCAGGCGUCCACUGCAGUAACCGUCGGCAUGGUGGAUACCAUGGAGGUUGAUUUUGAGAUCUCACUCGUAUCAUCCACUGCUGUUAUAGCCAGGUCGAGAUCAAAGCACAGAUCGAUAUGACGGUUCACCAUGAGGCUUGAUUCUGGGGAUUUGGCUGCCAUACAAACACAGAGACAGAGAGAGAUAUUUAUAGAGGGAGUCUUAUCUAUAAGAGAGAGUGGGGGUUUGACAUUGUGACCAACUGUCUGGAUUUUUAUAGUUGGAGGGGCACCAAAAGUGCAAAGGCGCGUCCUACACGGACUAGCCUUUGUGAUGAAACUCUGCCCACCAUCAAGGCUUGGUUUCUCUGCAAUGGGCAUGGGUACAGUAAUUACAAACGUAAGCUCUGACACAGUCAAGACACGACCAUGAUGGGUUGAUGAUCAAAGUGAUUGGAGAAUUGCAUUCUGGCCGCUGCGUACGCCAGAGCAGCUAAGUUCUCCCCUUUUGACCGAAAUACGAGACAAUGAACAAGUGGACACUGGACAUGACGUGGGCCACCCUCAUCCCAUGCGUGAACCAUGUGGUUUGAUCAAAGCUGUUCCCUUGCUAGGUUUUGGAUCAUGAUUGGGAAGUAUUAGGCGAGCCGUUUCAUGUUGGAAAUGGUUCAUUUUGGACUCUUGACUCUUGACUCUCUACAAAGACAAUAGGAACCCGCCUCUUUUGAAGUGUCCACAUUCCACAAUCUCUCCUACGCUUUAUUAGAUAUAAAUUUGUAGUUGAAUGCAGAUUAAUGAAAUAGUGUAGAGUGGACCAGGGAUAAGGCUCACCCAGCUGGAGUUUAAAGGCCCAUUUGGAGUCUACCUUGGGCCCGAGUCCACUAACAAUAACAAUUUGACGGGCCGGUUGGAUCCACAAGUGUGUUAGCCCCAAGCCCCGCUUAUGUCGCCCCAAUAAUUAAUUUGACACGCCAAGGAUAGAUCGGAAUCAAUAUGGGAGCAAAGAACCAAACACGUGGCUGAAUCCAAUAAGCACCUAAAACAAACAUAGUAGCAAGUGCAUUCCAGCUAAUAUUCUACUAAAUUAACAAUAAUAAUUGGGAUGUAUCUCAUGAUUAACCAAAUCAAGCUGCGAUUUCUUAUAUCCUACCAUUCCAAUAAUCUAAACCUUGAGAUACUCGUGAAGAAACCAACCAAUUGCUUGGUUCCUAAGUUAAAAUCAUCCAUUUUCGGUAAAAACAGCUGAAAAUAGUGCUCAGACCUUUCCUGGGACACAACUGACACUGUUACCAAACAGUCCCUCCCCUGUGAUAGGUAUUCGGUGUUCCAUGUUCAACAUUUUCCACGUUGGGGGUUAAUAUAGUCAUUAAAUCCAUGGAAUCUUUGCCCUCAACUUUUUCCUACUUCUAUCCAAGACUUGUGGAGGAACUAGUCUCCGUUAGAGGAGAUACGUGUCCUGUCCUGACGUGGGGCUGAGUAAAAACCACGUGUCAUCUUCUUAUUUGCUCGUCGCCUGUCUCGUCAAUACGACCUUAAUCCCACGCUGGAUCCACCACCACAUCCAUCUCAUGUGAACAUAUGAUGGGCUGACAGCCGUCAGAUCUCCCUCAUCGUCCGUCAACGUGUCGGCCAACCGACUUCCUGAUACUUCUAACUUGUAAAGGUCAAAUUCUAUUUUAAGACGGAUGCCACGUGGCCACUACGAAGAGAGAGUACCAUUUGCCAGGUCCGCCUAACAUAUACUGCUAGAUUCCUCACGGAGAGAGGCAAUCAUUCGGUGGACGCGGUUUUGUGGUAAAAGGUUACAAUUGUGAGAUGGUGAAAAUGGGGGUGAGAAAGAAAGGAAACGGACAGCUCACAGGGUGACACAUCAUGCGAUGAUUGCUGGUGCAGAAACUGGAGGGAACCAAGUCCACCACCGAAUCACUAUGACUACAACAAUAAUUCAGAGACUCGACCUCUACCGCAACACCAGCUUGGCACCGUCAGAUCAGAGAGGGACACGUGGCGACGCAGCGAAAAGCAACUGAGUACGACUACAAUCAAUUGGCUUCACUACGGAUGCGUGUGUCAUCGAGUCACAUCUCCUCACACGUGUCACCUCCUAGCUCUCCCCCCUCUCCUUUUAUCCCAUUCUCGCUCUUUUCCUUCUCUCCUCCUCCUUUGUUAUACUCUCUGCUGGAUGUGAAGGCAUUCCAGUUUCCACAAAUGGAGCCCUUGGAAGACGAUGAUCUCCAGCCUCUUGGAUCCGAACACGAACUGGAUUCUACAGGCUCCGGCGUUUCCUCAAUACUCGGCACUGAAGACGCUCGCAGCACCACUAGCUCCGGCGGUGACAUAUCCGUUACUAGCAGCAGCUCCGGCGAGUAUCUCGCUGCCGUUGUAGCAGAGGCCGUGGUUCCGCGGAUGGAGAAUCCUACUCCUGCAAGCUACAGCGGCGGAAGCGGAGGGGAGACGACGGUGACGGUAGCGGCGAGAGAGAAGUGUGUGGGGAGGAACAACAAGGGAGUGACCUGGGGGUUCACUUCGGUGAUUGGGAGACGGAGAGAGAUGGAGGACGCCGUGGCGGUUGUCCCGGGGUUCAUGUCUCGCACGUGCGAUCACAUCGGCGGUUGUACGGCACCAGCUUCGAGAACCUCCAGAGAGAUCUCCCCCGUCCAUUUCUUCGGCGUCUACGACGGCCAUGGUGGCUCUCAGGUAGUGGCUAAAUUUUGUGCUGAGAGGAUGCAUGAAAUGGUAGUGGAGGAGUGGGACCGGGAAGCAGUUGACGGAUAUGAAUGGCGUAGGAGAUGGGAAGUGGCAUUUUCUAGUGGUUUUGAGAGGGCCGACAAUGUGGUUAUGACAGAGGAGGUGGCACCAGAAAUGGUUGGUUCAACUGCUGUCGUGGUGGUUCUAUCAGGUUGCCAGAUUAUUACAUCCAAUUGUGGUGACUCAAGGGCAGUGCUCUGCCGAGGGACUCAAACAAUCCCCUUAACUGUUGAUCAGAAGCCUGAUAGAGAAGAUGAACUCCGACGAAUUGAAGGAGAGGGAGGGAAAGUCAUAAACUGGAACGGUGCUAGGGUUUUCGGAGUUCUUGCUAUGUCCAGAGCCAUAGGAGAUCGAUAUUUGCGGCCAUGGAUUAUUCCAGUGCCUGAGAUCACUUUCACAACAAGGUGUGAUGAGGAUGAAUGUUUGAUUUUGGCAAGUGAUGGGCUUUGGGAUGUUAUGUCAAAUGAUGAAGUUGGAGAGGUGGCUCGCCGCCUUCUAAGACGGCGGCGAAGGUUAAUGAUGGCUGAUGAGACUCCUGCACAAUCUGUUGCUGAUAAUCUCACUGAAAUAGCAUACGGGAGAAAUAGCUCAGACAACAUAUCUAUCAUUGUUGUUGAUCUGAAAUCAAAGAGAAGGCGUCAGCAAAGGCAAUGAAAAGGGUGCAGAACCAUUCUCUCUCCCCAAGAUCCAAUUAUUUCUCACCUUCUGAGUCUGGAGGUGAGAAGACAGGAAUGAUCUAGUGCUGUUCCAACAUUUCUAUAGAUGAAUGGUCCUGACAUGACUCAAGUCAGUUUUUAGCAGCCUUCAGCUACUAUUUCUGACCUAUACAGAGCUGAAUGGCAGUAGACUGCUGCUCUAUAACAACAAGAUCAAUUUGUUACUGCUAGACACUAGAUCAAUCCUCAAUUUUAAUUGGUUUGGUCAAGGAAAAAAUAAAGGUAAACCAUUAUCUGUUCCAUUAGAUUUCUGUGAAAAUGAAGAAAGAAAGAAAAGAAAAGAAAAUAGCACAGAAGCUUUUUCUUUUGAGCUCUAAUUUUUCACUUGUGUCUUCCCUUCCCCACCUUGCUUCAUCCUUGAUGUGAGGGAAGAGAAAGAACUAUGCAAACCACAAGCAUUUUGGAUCAUGAGUGCAUACUACUGGACAUUUUUUCUACUCAUCUUGUUUCUUAAUGCAGUGUUAAAUUUCCUGGUUAAGAUUGGUUUUGUUUGGAAAGAUUGUUCUCUGAUAUCUUCUCAAAGUAGUAGAGAGGGGACAAAUGAAGUUCUUCUGUGGGGCAGUAAAGCUUAAAUAGUUCUUCUGUUUCAUCUUCCAAUUCACUAACAUUUAGAAGGAAGGCUCUUCCGGUUGCACUGUGGUAUGCAUGUAUGUAUUGGUUCAUUUAUUUAUUGGUAAAAGUAUUGUGUGAAGUAAAGAAAAAAUGGAGCUUGAUGGUCCAAGGUCUUCUUUGAUUUUUGGAGGUUACACUGGCCAUGGAUUCAAACUAAAGUUUGUUGGCACUCUGUUCAUGUAGAAAUGACUCAUUGGAAGAAUAUGUAAAAUCUUGUACAGCAAUGGUCCUGUAUUAUGGUUUCUCCUACUAUGUAUAGCUGUCUGUUCUCCAUUUGUUGUUAAUUGUAUUUAUAUCAUCAAUCAAUGUUUCUUUGCUUGUCCAA